CAAAAGAUGAAAGAGUGCUCAUCGCGCAGCAUUUGGUGUCUGCUCAGUGUUGUAAUCGAUCAGCGUCUUAGAAUUGACACCUGUCGAUAUCUAAUCGAGAUUUUAUCGCGCCGCAUUACAGGCGAUUAAGAUUCGAUUUUGGUAGCCACAUUCUGCCAAACUCGAACUGUAACUGUAACUAGUGCAAAUACAAAUAUAUUUGGUUAGACCUGUUCCCACAUCUAUGGAGUUUCAUCUAGACAGUGCAGAAUACUGCCAAGCACAGCACAAAUAAAAAGUUACCAAAACGCAAAGAAGGCCGUGAUAGCCGGAGACAACGCUGUCACCUGCCCGGAAGUCGACGGACCCCAAAUCAGAUUCGAAACGUGGACAGCUGCGAUAGUGACAGAUUGUGGAUAGAGAGAGUCUCUGAACGAAGUUCAUAUCACGAGGAGAAUAAUCGAAAAGUAGUAGGGCGGCCACAACGAAAAUUAAUUGGAGAGGCGCAGAAACUGCACUCGAAAUAAAUAAGUUUGAGAUAGAAUCGCUUCAGUUGCGAAAUUAACAGGGAUUUUUAAUAGGCGUCUUUGGGUUGGGACACACGCAAAAUUGUA